AUAAAGAAACUUUUAGUAAAGAAAUCUCUACUGGCGAUGAAAUCGCAUUCUCAUCUCUAGAUAACAUAGAAAAAACACACCAAAAAAAAAAUAUAUAUAUCGUAUCUGCAAAUAAACAAGCACCUGUUAGAGAUUACCUUUCAUCAAUUGAUGAUGAUGGAGGUAAUAUAUGCAAACUAUGCAAGCAAGAAUUUGGUAGCCUGACCGCGAUAUCAACUAUUAAUCAGCACUUUCAAAAUUUUCACCUUGCAGAGUUUACUAAGAUCAGGCAACUUAAAUCUCGUCGGCUCGACCUCUAUGGCCCAAAUGACAAAUAUAAAAAAAUGAAUCAUAUCUUACUUGACCUUAUCCUAUUUAAUGAAACCCACACUGCAAUCAACCAAGCCGAUGCGAUCAUCGGAAUUUUAAAGAAAAUAAAUUUUGGUCAAAAACUUUUAGGAAUCACAACCGACAAUGCUAUCAAUAUGCUUGCGAUAGGGCAUAUUCUAAAAGAAAAAAUUAGUGAUGAAUUUGAUAAUCAAGAUGUACAGCAUUUUUGCUAUGGUGUGCAUAUUCUCAAUAUUAUUGUCGAAGAAGGAAUAAAAUCAAUUAGUAAAGAAAUUUCUAAGACACGGGAUGAUCUUCGUAUGGUAUUCCGUAGCCUAAUUACUCACUUAAAUAAUAAUGAAAACCCAGAGGUUAAUACACAAUAUGCCGUAGCCAGUGCAAUGAAAACAAAGUUCGUAUCAUAUUGGGUUCACUUGAAUAAGUCGUUAACAAUUUCGAACCUUCUUGAUCCACAUAAUAAGCUCUCAACCUAUGUAGUAAAUAAAUAUGAGCAAGCUAUUAAUAUACUCCAUGAGGUGUAUGAAAAUUAUAAACCAGCUGAAGAAAAUUAA